AUGGUACUCAUGAUGACUCUUCUGCUCUGUAUUAAUCCCACGAAUGCAGUAGAGGAUAUCAUCAUUGGUGAGCUGGAUGGCACCAAAAAGCUGACCAUUGAUGACAUCAAAAAUGGAUUCAACCAGAGCAACAAAAACUACAUAAAAUCUUGUGACCAGUUCAGUUCAUAUGCGGACAACUUUCUCCUCACAGUUGAGAUGGGUGCAUACAAGGAUUAUCUUAUUCCCCAGGCAAACGCCACUCUGUGUGAUCUCCUCACCAGCACAACAUCUGCAAAUAAAUACGUCUAUGCCCCAAAGGACCCACGCAACAGCGACUGGGAUGGCUUCACAAUUCCCAUCGCACCGUCUCUCUACGACGAUGCGUUGGGCGGCUCCGCAGAGGGAUAUGCCACCGGUGGACGCAGUACACUAUCGUUCUGGGGAGACAACGGUGAAAAUGGGAAUCACACAGGCGGAUGUUGCGCACUGCUGCCCGAGCAGAAGGCCGCGUGGUUUCGACCGUACCGUUUACUUCUCACCCCGAUGAUUCCUGUAAUGUAUCUUUCGUGGGGUGUGGAGCCGACCCUUGCGGUCACGAAUGGUCCAGUUAUGUUCGAGGUGAAUGUGUGGAACAUGCGCAGCGAGCCGUACAAUGGAUCUGUGGAUUUUAAAAUCGUGGCAAACGGUAAGAGUACCACUGUAUCAAGUCCGACAGGACGGUAUACACACUACGGCGACCCUCCAGCGGUUGGAGACACAAAAUACAGCAUUACUGUUGAACUUGUUAAAGGACCAAUGACAGUAAACACAAAAGUGUUGGAGACGGAAGCGGAAGUUGUGGGAAAACUCCCAUGGGAUGUGAAACCAUGCGAAAAAGAUAAUAUUCCGGAACUUGUACAUUUCGGUGAAAUGGGUGCUGCAAUUGGUCCGGUGGAUGGAAAAGUAGCACUCGAGGAAGACUGGUUCGCAUCCACCAUUGUUGGUGGUGAGUCUCAAAUUCGUCCUGUAGCAGGCCAUUUCAAUACGGCACAGACUGCUGGACUACUUCCAACGAAGUACAGAUGGGAAAAUGUUACUGUCUCUGAUGGUGUAUUCAAUGCGGAGGUCCCAUGCAAGAGUAUACAGUACUAUGCUUUUUCUGUCUACAGUGCAGUGGCACAGCGAAUCGUUGUACAGUACGGAUUUGACAGUGCCGCUUUGGUUUACUUUGGUGGCAAACGCUUUGUUCCUCAACUUUCGGACGCUGAGGGCCGUGGUUCCUUUACGGUUCAAGUAACACAAGGCUAUCAUCAGGUCCUUGUAAAAAUGUUCUCUGAUGGUUCUGGAAAGGAAGAUCCCCAAACAUGUACGACCAACUCGCAGUUUUGGAUUCGUGUGGUUGGCACUGCUGUCGGCUACACGCAUGCCGUCAAGUCGGAUAUCCCUGAAGGCGCUUAUGAACUCUGGGGAAAUGACUACAUGUUUUAUCUUCUACACUUGGGAGUAAAAAAGGAUGAGUUCCUCUACGGUGGACUUGAUGAGGAUUUCAUUAACGUGCGUUACGCUGUACCGAAGCGUGGGGACCAGAUGUUAAACAAAACUUGGAAAGUAUUGGUCUUCAACAGAGGUGAGAUUCCCGUCUCUGGGGAAACCAUACCAGAGGAUAAGGAAGCGGCCGUGAAAUAUCUUGCCUUUGCUAUUUACAAUGGAUAUGACUCAACUGUACCUGUAGGUUGGACCUUUAUUACUGGAGGUAAAACUGAAUUUUUCGUUGAUGGUAUCGUUGCUUACAGCCGCCCGAGCGAUGGUGGAAGCAAGAACGAGAGUUUCACCACACCUCUUUCAAGUGGAUGGCAUGAAGUGAUUGCACGUGUUGCUGCCACAAAGGGUCAGUCGUGGUUAUUCAUGUAUUAUAUUCACUUUGACAACUAUCGUCUUGGAGGCGCCAUGAGCCCUGGUAGUAGUUUGCCGUUUGGUUUGGCCCCUGUUCGUCCUGGCACACCAAUUCCUUCUCUGAUGGAAUUGGUUGAUGAAGAAACUGAAAAUGGCGCAAUUCCAUUUGACCCAAAAAAUGGAACGGCAAUAGGCGAAAGGUUCGCCGAUAUCCCCAUCUCUCCAAGUUAUAUGCCUGGAUUGCUAUCUAAGCAGCGUGUUUGGGUCUUGGGGCAGGAGCGUCAGUUCCAAUGGGUAAGCGGGACGAGCACGAAUGGCAUCUGGAAAAACCGUGCCUUUGGUGGGAACUUCAACCAGUAUUGGGCUUUCGUACUGUACGCUACAACAGAGAUGGUGGCCGAUAUACGUAUUACCUUUCAAGGUGGUUAUGCGAUUUGGAUGGACGCCAAGGUUAUCGGUUCAGCACCCCUCACCCCCUCAUCUGAGAACGUUCAUACCGUGACACUGAAAUCAGGUUGGCAUCAGGUGUUUAUCAAGCUAAGGGCAAAGGAUGCAUUCUAUUUGGUUGAUACUGAUAGUGGCAAUACCUCUUGGACCAAUGCAAAUGCUAUUUGCGCUGAGAAUAAUGAUACAGAAUUGUGUUCACAUUCAGCUGUUUGCCCACUUGGUGUGGGACGACCAGGUGUAAUACCAGUUGAGGGUAACUCUUCCUUUGUUCCUGUGAGCUCUAACGUGAAUGAGUGGGUGCAGAUAUCAAAGAAUGGUGGUGAUGAAACCUCCUUGUGCCAUAGUUGGCGAGAAACUCAUGGUGGUGUGGGUCCUGAAUGGGGUGAGUCUGAUAAGGAGAUCCAGCAGCGUCGUUUUGUGCCAUGCUGUGAUAGUAUUCCACCGCUUUCUAUGUGGCUAAGCAUCACUCCAACAUCGAGUGGGAAGGGGGAGCUCGGCUAUACGUAUGACUACCCUAUUAUUAUUGAGGCACCAGUUCUGACAGUGCAAAACCCUGCAGCUGUCACGCAGUUGGUAACCAUGACUUCUGCAACUCCAGGUGCAACAAUAAAGUACAGCAUCGAUAAUUCAGCUGAGAUGAAGGUAUACACAAGCCCUGUGACCAUUACAAAAUCCACUACGGUCACUGCCCAAGCAUUUGCAAAUGACCGAGAAAGCCAGGAGACACAUUUAUUUGUUGAUAUCCCUUCUGUACCUUCUAUUGACCGUGCCACUUGCCUGGCGGGUGUCUCUUGUCCUUUGACUGUAAAAGGUGUGGAUCCAGGAUGGCAUAUUUCUUUUGUCAGUACGAUUAUUCCUGGGGCCGAAGUGUCAAAGUACAGGGGAAUGGACUAUGCUCUUAAGCAACAGCAAUCACUUAACUUCUCUGGUGUAAUUUCAGUUGGUACUAACAACGACAUCGUUGUCCCUCCUCUCGGUAAUGGGACCUUCAACGUUAUUGUGUACGGCAAAUCAUCUACGGGAAGUAUACUACUCGACCUUCUUGCUUACAGAAACACCCAAUUUGGUCCUAGUGAGGUUCUGGGCACCCAACAAACCGUAUUUCAAAUCAAAGGUGGCGUGAUGGACGGUGAUGCGGUGCUGAUUCCGUUUGAGACAACUGGUUCACCUGAGACAUGUGAUGCGAAAACAUGCUUCGCACAACUCACAAACAAGAAGGACCGUAUUGCCAUUUUGACAUCCAACAGUGAUGCAUCUUUUACUCAGGAUCUCUACGGCUACGAGGGCAACCUCAAUUGCCUUUGUAUCUGUCUUUCAUGCUCUCCAAGGAAAUCUGGCCAACGGGAAGUGGUGCUUGUUGAUUCCAAGGUUGUGAGCUUACCUAUUACUCUUCAUGUGACAAAGCCGACUGCCCCCACAACAGAAAGCGUAACAGCUGUUCAGCCUUCUACAGUGAGUAAUGGCACCAUCCUCGAAUUGCAUGGGAAGUUCAACAACAACACACAAUACAGUGUGGUUUUCACUCCUGCUACUUCUGCGGCAGGUAAAAUGAUUAUACCAUUGUGCACUAUUCAGAAGGUAAUGCCAGCUGUCCUGACCUGUGAAAUGUCUGUGAGAGCUGGAGUUAUGGGCAACUGGAAUGUGUCUCUCACCGAUGGUCACGAGCCCUUGCCUUUUGAGGAUGAUGUUGUUCGAACACUUCGCGUUCAGCCGCCAGAUCCAUCUGUUGAUUCUGCGUCAGGAAUGUGCGCAGUGGCAAGCGCGAGUUGUGUUACUGGAGCACAAUUAACAUUUCACGGUAUCAACUUCAACCCUGUUGACACUACGUACACAAAAGUCACCUUGGGUGACAGUGCAGCAGCAAACCCCAUCCAGUGUGAGGUGACUUCUGUAAGCGAAACGCAGCUCAGUUGCACACUUAACAUACCGAGAGAUAAGGAGAAAGGAGUGCAUGCUAUUGGCGUCUCUGUCCGCGUAUCAGAGACGGAGUGGAGUGCGGAGCAAAGUGCCGGAUUUCUUGUAUUGGGAGCAGGCGCUGAUGAGGCAGGAUGGAAGGGUGACAUCAUUCCCACACCAACGAAGCCAGCAGAUGAGGUGAAAGAUAAGAGCAACACCGCUCUUAUCGUCGGCGUUGUUCUUGGUGUACUACUGUUGAUGAUGAUCGUGGGUGUGAUUUCGUUUGUUGUGUAUCGUCGAUAUUGCUCCCGUAAAGAAGUUUGUGAGGUAGAAGCAGUGGAGUUACAUCUUCUUCAACAAGAGGAAGAAAGUGUGUGUUCUCUGAAAAAGAAAGCGCUUACUGAAAUUUAG